AUGCAGAUCUUCAGUGGCAUCCUCGUAAACUGGGUGCUUGCCAGUGUGCUGUGCACGGGCGUCCUGACCUGCGCUCAACCAGGCCAGAAGCCCAUUGUCAGGAAGGAAUGGCGCACGCUCUCAGAGUAUGAGAAGUCCUCCUACCUCCGGGCGGUCAAGUGCAUCCUCAACAAGCCAGCCCUCACCCCGGCCUUCAACAACACGGGCGUCAUCUCGCGCUACGAUGACCUGGUCUACACCCACAUCCAGCAAACGUUUGACAUGCAUUACACCGGCCACUUCCUUGCCUGGCAUCGGUACUACGUCGCCACCUACGAGCUCAUGCUGCGCAAAGAGUGCGGCUACAGGGGUGCCCAGCCGUACUGGGACUGGACGCUCGACACACCCGCCGAAAGGUGGGCUUCUUCGCCUGUGUUCGACCCAGUGACUGGCUUCGGCGGCAACGGCGACUUCAUUCCAGGCGACCCAACCAAUCCGUUUGAGGUUCCGGGCAGGACUGGUGGCGGGUGCGUCAAGGACGGGCCGUUCGCGGGCAUCCCGGACCUGGUGCACCUGGGCCCUCGGGACUCGGUCACGUACAACCCGCAGUGCCUGAAGAGGGAUUUCAGCCCGUACUUUGCUGGGCGCUACUUGGCUCUGAAUCAGACGCAGCUGACGCUGGCUGCACCCGACUUUGGGUGGUUUGACCGGCUUGUUGAGGGCGGGCCCAGUUUCGAAGCGUCGGGCGCCCAUGGAGGGGCGCACUAUGGGGUUGGUGGGACAUACGGCCAAAUGGGCGACCUCUACACCUCCCCGGCUGAUCCCAUCUUCUACCUGCACCAUGCCAACCUGGACCGCGUCUGGUGGUCGUGGCAAAAAUUGAACCUUCAGACUCGGUUGACUGAUAUUUCCGGCCCGAUCUUCUUGAUGGAUUACGACAAUGUCCAGGGUGGCAACGUGACGCUGGACUACCCCCUUUCGCUCGGCGUGAGCGCUGUCGAUGUCACGGUUGGCGAUGUCAUGAACAUUGCUGGAUGCGGCAAGACCGGCGUCUUGUGCUACGAGUAUGACAAGGUCUACACGCUACAGAGUUGA